CCCAUGGCGGCUUCAUGAAUCAAAAAAUUUAUGUCGUCGAAGCAAGGGAUAAAUUUCUCCCUCUCUCACACACACACACACACACACAUCCCUCCUUCAACACACCGUCAGGAACAUCAACUCUUCUCUCCCGACUCUCGAUUCUCGACUGAUCACCCCAACAUCCAUGACAUGACGGUCGUCCCAGUCUCCCAGUCGUUUUUGGGAUUCACCGGCGGGGUACUGAGUUCGCUGACGGCCUAUUCGCUAGUGUCGGAUCAGCUUCGAAGGGACGCUCGGGCACUGGAUCACUCUUUGCAACGGUUUCGGAGGACGAUCGAGUACGGUCUUCCACUGUUUAUUCGCGAUGAGGAGUUCCUGCAGGUGAUGAACGCGCUCGAGGAGACAUCCAGACGCCAGAGACGAGAAAAGUCCCUUUGGCGGAAAUUCAAGCAGGCAGGACAGUGGAACUGGAACGCCGGAUUGGCGGGCGCCGUCGGAGCCUUUCAUGAAUGGAAGCAAUCAUAGAACCUCUCCCCUUCCCCAUCUGAUUAAAGACAUCACACUUGUAUAUUAUUAUCGACAGAGCCGGAUUAAAGCAUGCGUUUGUUGCGAGCAGAAAAAG